AUGUCGAACAUCUAUGGUGGUGCUUUUUUAGCAUCUAUAGCUGGAAUUUCAGCACUAGCCGGCUUUACAGCUACUUUAACAACCGCUAAGAAAGCUGAUCCCAAAUAUUUUAAUAAAGGUUUACAUAGUAGUGUAGAAUUAGCGGAUGCAGGUGCAAUUUUAGCAUUGAGGGCACUUGGAUGGGGUACUUUAUAUGCUAUAGCUGGUACUUCGUGUUUAUGUUAUGGUAUAUGGAAACUAUCUGGAGCUAAAAAUCUUAAAGAGUUUAGAAUAAAAAUGGGAAACAUGCUACCCAUACUUCCUAAAAAUAAUCCUCCUCAAUCAAGGACAGAAUUUAGUGGUCUCAAUGACCUUCUUACAUAUAUAUCUGAGGAUUAUGGAAAGAAAACAGCAAAAGAUAAU